AUGUACCACAGCUAUCGUUUGCAAGAUUUUAUGAUUUAUCCAAAUAUUGCCCUGACUAUGGCCUUGGUUCAGCCAUUUGAUUUGAAUGGUGGUACAAUGGAAGAGAUUCAAACAGCAUCAAGCCGAUGCCGUGGCUUUAUGAAAUCUGUGCUAAUUAAGGUGUGGUUCGUUUUUGGUGUUGUAAAUUUGAUUUAUCAAAAUGUUGGCAUGUUGGCCUAUCUGCUGCUACCCCAACUCAGUGAAAUAUUUGAUGAUGUGGAAUUUGUGGCUAAAAUAUCGGAAACAUGUGGCAUAAUGGGCCUAACAAUAGUCGCUGUAUGUAAGAUGUUUGUUAUAUUUUGGCAUGGUGGACGUAUAUCGAUGUUGUUGCAGGAAUUGCAGGAGAUUUUCCCAGGGGAACACGAACAAUUUGCCACCCCACGUCUCUAUCGCGUACACCACUUUGCUAAAUACUCGCAACAGCUGAUGGGCCGCACCAUGAAGUUUUUCAUAUUUGCCUUUUGCGUUUACAAUAGCCUACCCAUUGGCGGAUUAUUGUAUGAAGUUACUCGGUCGGAUGGUGAGGUUAUGUAUCGUUAUCAAUCGAACACCUGGUAUCCGUGGCAGACGAAGGAUAAUACGAAGACAUGGUGGAAUUUCGCGGCCUGCUAUCUAUGCCAAGUGCAAUCCUCAUUAACAGGAGUUGGCUUUAUAAUGGCCGGGGAAUUUAUGUUGUGUUUCUUCAUAACCCAGAUGCAAAUGCAUUUCGAUUAUUUGACCAAUGCGCUGGCAAGUUUGGAUGCUGCGACGCCGAGGGCCAAUACAAAAUUGAAAUAUUUAAUUAUUUAUCAUACGAAGUUGUUGAGAUACUCGAAGGAAAUAAAUGACAUUUUCAAUAUUUCAUUUUUGGUCAACUUUAUAACCUCUUCGAUAGCCAUUUGCAUGAUGGCCUGUUCCAUGGUCAUGUUAAGCAUGAUCCAUACUGUUAAAUAUUCGGUGGGCUUGUUGUCAUUUUUGGUCUUUACGUUUUUCAUCUGCUAUAAUGGUGAGGAAUUUACCGAGGCGAGCGAUGCCAUAAUGCCAUCGGCAUUCUAUAAUAACUGGUAUGAAGGCAAUGCUGCAUAUCGUCGCAUGAUUUUAUUUUUCAUUUUACGUUCUGGGGAGUCGAAUGUUUUGAGAGCUUAUAAAUUUACCACAGUAUCGCUGCCAACAUUUAUGGCGAUUUUGAAAUUUUCCUAUCAACUAUUCACAUUUCUUCAGGCAAUGGAUUAA